ACCACUCUCGUUACCGUACUAUACAAUCGUUCUGCAUCACAAUGAAGACCAUUCAGUCUCUCCUCGCCGUCGCCGGCUUCGUAGGCGCUGUCUCUGCUUGGGGCUCAGGCUGGAGCAACGAGACAACCGUCUGGACCACCGUCACCACUGAUGUCUACACUACCUAUUGCCCCGAGUCUACCACCUUCACUCAAGACCGUCUCAUCGUACACCACCUACUGCCCGGCCCCCACUACCGUUGUUCAGGGCAAUAAGACAUACACUGUCACUGAGGCUACCACCCUGACCAUCACCGAAUGUCCAUGCACGCAGACCAAGACUUACCCUGCCACGGUUUCAACUACCAUCAUCUCCUACCUCACUACCUACUGCCCGCAACCCACUACGAUCACUUACUCGGCGACGACUUACGUUGUGACUUCACCCGGUACCGUCACCAUCUCGGUCGCCCCGUACACCUCGUACACUACCUGCCCAGUCACCUCUGGCACCUAUGUUCCUCCUUCUAUCUCUACUUCUUACUCACAGAACACCCCCGUGGGAACCGGCAGUGCUCCAACUGUCAUCGCCUCCUACAGCGCCACCAAGACACCAGUGUCUCCUUCAGCAACCACAUCUGGCCUAGCCCAGGUCUCUGCCGGUGCAGCCAUCAAGGUUGAAGCUGGCUUCGGUGCUUUUGCCGCUGCUGGUCUUGCCGCUCUCCUCUUGUGAUCACCUCCCCUUUACGCCAUUCCACUACAACUUACGAACCUAAUGACUUGACGGACGGACGGUUAUAGACGGAUGGGAGGAGUAUUACAGGACAUUCAUUUGGCAUUCCAUCUUGCUUUUACGAAAGAUCGGACAGAUCAGAUAUUUUGGAGCUUCUACUCAUCAGCUCACAAAUGUGUAGCUCGGUGACUUCACU